GAGAGUCAUGAGUCAGCCGAACAAGUCCGACAAGAAACCGCAGGAGGAGCUGGACGCGGAGCCACUCUCGGUACAGAUGUUUCAAGGGAAAACCUGGUCCCGUAGCUGUACUUCUUCCUGCCGACGCCGAGCCUGGACCCUGACGGAUCAGCAUUAAGCAGCUUUCUGCCGCGGCACAACAACUCCCUGAGCUAGCAAGCACGACGCUAGCGCUCCCAGCUAACUUAGCCAAGUUAGCUCCACAAACACACAACCCCGCUGCCAGACACACGUCACUGACCUCCUCACUCACACCAGAACCAACAGCGGGUUUAAUGAGAUGCGACUUACCGAGUCCGGGUCCGGGUCUGUGAUCUGCGCUGACGCUGCUGAGUAAACGAGCAUGCUAGCUGUUUACGUUCCUCUCCGCCACCAACAGCAGAGUCACAGGCCACGCCCACACCAAGCACGGAGCUGACGUCACAUCCUGUUAACUUUAAAACCCUGGUUUAGCAGUUAGCCAUCUAGCUGGCGUUCAAGUUUUUGUUGGGAGAAAAAUUACGUAUUUUAUAAGAUAAAAUAGAGACUUAUCCUCUGCCGGUGCAUCACAGAAGUGUAACACGAACAAACAAAGUAUAAAACCGGAGCUGAGUUAACGGAGACGUUCGUGUCUACGUUUGCUUGGCUAAAGAGUUAGCUGACACAUAGCUAGCCUCACUGUGUUCGGUAAUAAACACGCGAAACUCCAUUUCAAAUAUCGCAUUUUAAAAAUAGUUCGUUUUCCAGCGUAAUUAAACAAAUCCAAGAGCCUUACUUUUGAUAUUGUCCUCGUUUUGUGACACUGAUAAAUUCGGCGUAAAUGUGAUAUUCAGACAAUACCUUAAAUUAUUCCCUACUUUUUUGCACGUUUAGUCAGUUCAUUCGUUGUUCUUGCCGUGCCCGACAGCAAGUUGUUAUUAAAGGAAUAUUUAACAGGUAGACGAGUUAUUUUUGUCAAAUAACUUGCCGAAUAGAAAUAUGACACCAAAGGUUUAAGAAAAUAAAGUAAUUCAAGCCAUUAUUUCUUCGAGCAUACGCUAAUAAUUAAGGCAACAAGAACGACAAGUAAUCUGAAUUGAGUUUGGCGUCGCUUCAAGACAUUUAUAUCAGAAGAGUUUUAUUAUCCGAUAAGAUUAAUUUAUACUUUAAGGUACUUAAUAUGAAGAGCAAAAAGCUAUUUCAGGGGAGAAAUACAGUUUACAUGAGAUGGAUAAAACUUUUACCUUCUGGCUGCGCCCUCACCGUCUCGGGUGUUAGAUUGGUUGUACGGGGUAACUUUGAGGGGCGGUGCGCUCAGUUCCGACGAUAAAUCAGAUUCUUGUUUACAGGCUGAUAAAGGAUGUUUGUUAAAAGUAGCUCCCCGAUGUUAAGACUCUGGAUGGGGGACGAUAUGAACUGAGAUGGACCGAAGGAGCGGAGUUUUCCGCUGGAGUCAACGGUAGUCCCCGCUCACCCGGGAAACGCUGUAUUUUAAAACACUGCCUCUUUUUUUUGUGCGCACAGGGACAGUGAUUUUAACCCACGUGCUGAGUUUUAUUAUACAUAAAUAUUAUUUAACUUUGCUCCUCGUUGACUGGGAUCACACUUAACUUCAUAUAAUGCAGAAAAAUACAGAGAAAAGCUUUAAAAAAAAAAAAAACAUUGUUGAUUUUAUUUAAGUGGUUUGUUCGAGUGUUGAAUAAUAUAGUGAUAAACUGCGGUAAAUUCCACAGAAAAUUCCGUCUGAGGGGAGUUUCCCUUAGAAGAGGGCGUAUAUACAGCCUCAAAGGUUUUAUUUUGAUAGGUCAGAGAGGAAGGGUUUUAAAUGUGAUUUGACAGACAGUGGUGCUACUGUGCUCAGAUCAGCAGUCAGCUGAGAAUCUGCUGGUUGACUGACUGCGAGAGGAAGUCAGAGACAAACAAACAAACAAACAAACAGUAUGGAUGACUUCCUGAUGUCGAGCAGCGCUGCAGCAAAGAAGAAGAAGCAGCAUGCCGGGGUCUCUCUGGAAGGUACAGCAGAGUGUCAUCAGCAUAACAGCGAUACAGGACAGUAUCAGGGUCGGAGGGAUCAGCCACAAUCUUUUCCUGCUCGCCUCAGAGUCCUGGAGGGAUGAUAGAUCCAGAAUGAAUGAUCCGCUGCAGUGGCAGCAGCGUACCAGAUGGUGAUGGAGGAGACCAGUUUCCAAGGCAAAAAAAAAGUCCACAUUGUCCUGGGCAGUGAGUCAUGUGACCUAGACUCUGUGGUGUCGUCGUUGGCGAUGGCCUACUUCCUGUCAAGGACGUCCGGUCCUCCAGGGGGUUCUCUGGUUCUUCCGGUUCUCAAUGUUCCACGAUUGCAGUUCCACCUGCGAGCCGAAGUCCUCCUGCUGCUGAGGGAGGCCGGCGUCGCCCCUGAGACCCUGGUGUUCAGAGAUGAGGUGGACCUGGCCCGUCUCCAUGGCGACAGGAGGCUGGCACUGACGCUGGUGGACCACCAUGUCCUGCCGAGUACCUACAGCUGCCUGGAGGGGGCAGUAGUAGAAGUAAUCGACCACCAGCAGUUAGAGACGACGACCUCCUUCUCCUGUCCUGCCACCAUAGAGGUGGUGGCAUCGUGCACUACCUUGGUAACGGGCCGGAUUCUGUCCAGAGCACCCGAGAUCCUGGACAGACAACUGGCUCUGCUGCUGUAUGGUGUGAUGGUGGUGGACAGUGCAAAUCUGUCUCCUCAGGUCGGUAAAGGGACGAUCAAAGACAGUCAGAUGGUCCUACUGCUUCAGACACAGUUUCCUGAUCUGCCACACAGAGGCGCUCUUCACACCUCCCUGCACACAGCAAAGUUUGACCUGUCAGGUCUCUCCACAGAGCAGAUCCUCCUGAAGGACAUGAGGACGGUUUACGGUGGCGGCAUCAGAGUGGCUGUCAGCAACGUCUACACAAGUCUGGAUUCGUUCCUGCGCAGGGAGAAUCUGCAGCAGCAGCUCUGUGACUUCUGCCGCUCGCACCGGCUGGACGCUGUGGUCGCCAUGAUGAUCUCCUUCAACGACCAAUCGGACGAGCCCAUCAGGCAGCUGGCGGUCUACAGCUCCAGCUCGCAGUACAGGCAGGAGAUUAGCCACGCCCUCGUGAACAACCAGAGCCCCGCCCCCUGCCUUUCUCCUGUCACCAGCCCAUAUAAGGACAUCCUGGCUUAUCACCAAGGCAACGCUCUGGCCUCUCGCAGAAAACUCCUUCCUGUCCUCACACACUUCCUGUCUCACUGGUGGCAGAGAGAGGUGCAUUGUGGGGCAGAUGGCGGGGAGGUGUUGGAGGACCAACUCGACCAAUCGGAGGUGAUGGUCUCUGACACCGACCUCGCCGACGACCUCCUGCCUCACGGUUACUCCAUGUCUCGUCACCACCGGCGGCGGCUCCAGAUGGGAGCAGAGGAUUAUGGGAACGUGGAGGAGGAUCACUGCGGCAGGACGACGCCGCCGGCGCCGAUGAACAGUUUGGUGGACGGCUGCCCGCUAGACGGCGGCUUCAACCAGGAAGCUUUACUGGAGAAGUUCAACAGGAUGGGAGGCGUGGAGGAGGAGCAGAGAGGGAGUGGGCGGUAGAGAGGAGGAGGAGGAACAUGGCGGACUCCUUCGCUCUUAGUGACUCUUAGGCUAAAAAUAAUAAUCUAAACCGCAGACGUGUGACGAGACCGUAACACUAUCUUUAAGAAAUCUUCGCUGUAGAAUUAUAUGAAAACUUUGAGCAUGAAACAGUUAAUUUCCUGCAUUCUUGUGACUUUUUCUGCACUAAUUAUGUUUUUAUUUAUGUAAAGGAAACUUAAAAAUUCAAACUUGCUGUUCUCA